GAGAGGGGGGACGGACACACUGGCCGGGCACGGUCCCUCAAACGCACACACACACACAUAUACACACACACACACCUCGUUUUCUCGAGCAGCAACACACGCUCGCUGGCGGGGGAGGAAAGAGGAGCCGGUCUGCAGCAGACGGUUCACACCGCUUCCUGAAGACAGACAGUGAGAUUAAAUCCUCACAGACUUUGUCGCUGCGCUGACCACCCUGACUGUGUCGCCGAAUUGGGACAACAGGUUUUCAUUGUGACACCCACCAUGGACAGGAACAGGAAGAGGGUGCCGGGCUUCGGAGCUGUGCUAUUGAUACUUUUGAGUCAUGUGACCUCAGCGCUGGAAGUGCCUCUUGACCUGCCCCAACCCCCCACUAUAACGCUGCAGUCCCCAAAGGAUUACAUCUUUGAUCCAAGGGAGAACAUUGUCAUCCACUGUGAGGCCAAGGGGAAGCCUCAUCCCAGCUUUUCAUGGACAAGAAAUGGCACCCACUUUGAUGUUGAGAAAGACUCCAAAGUCCUGAUGAAGCCCGGUUCAGGGACCCUGGUCAUCGACAUCAGCGGGGAAAAGGCUGAGGCUUACGAGGGAACGUACCAGUGCACAGCUCACAACGAACACGGCACUGCUGUGUCCAACAGCAUUGUCAUCAGACAGUCCAGGUCCCCCUUGUGGUCGAAGGAGAGAAAUGAGGCCAUCGUGGUGCAGAUGGGGGUCUCCCUGGUGCUGCAGUGCCGACCCCCUGCAGGGCUGCCCCCUCCUGUGAUCUUCUGGAUGGACAACAACUUCCAGAAGCUACCGCUGGACAAGCGAGUGUCCCAGGCUCUGAAUGGAGACCUGUACUUUUCAAACGUUCUCCCAGAAGACAGCAGGCCUGACUACAUCUGCUAUGCUCGCUUCCCUCACACGCAAACCAUCCAGCAGAAACAGCCCAUCUCAGUUACCGUGCUGGACAACAACCCGGAGGGGGAGCAUCGCCCCGGUUUCAUGAUGCCUCUUGGCACCACCAGCACCAAGAUGGUUCUGAGAGGGGAGACUCUGGAGCUGGAGUGCAUUGCUGAUGGCUUACCCACUCCAGAGAUCUCCUGGCAGAAGGAUGGAGGAGAGCUGCCGAGCAGCAGGACGUCCAUUCACGACUUCCAGAAAACCCUCAAGGUUUCUGAUGUGAAUGAAGCUGAUGCUGGGGACUACCGCUGUACAGCCACAAACAGCCUGGGCACUGCACACCACAUCAUCAAGGUCGCUGUCAAAGCGGCUCCUUUCUGGGUCAGCGCUCCCAGGAACCUGAUCCUCGCCCCAAACGAGACUGGCAUCCUGACUUGUCGAGUCAAUGGAGACCCCAAACCGAAGAUUAGCUGGUUUGUCAAUGGAGUCCCCAUAGAGAACGCACCCGAGGACCACAGCCGGAAGGUGGAUGGCGACACCGUCAUUCUUAGCAAUGUGCAAUCAGGGUCCAGUGCUGUCUACCAGUGCAACGCGUCCAAUGAAUUUGGUUACCUGAUGGCAAACGCUUUUGUCAGCGUUCUCGCUGAGCCACCAAGGGUGCUCACCCCACCCAACCGAGUGUACCAGGUCAUCACCAACAACCCUGCGUUACUUCACUGUGCCUCCUUUGGCUCACCAAUACCCACCAUCACAUGGUUCAAAGACAGUCAGACCAGCAUUAAGAAUGGUGACCCUUACGUGAUCCAUGAGAAUGGUACAUUGGAGAUCCACGUGGCCCAGCCACUAAACAGUGGGAAGUACACCUGCAUCGCCACCAAUAACCUGGGGAUCAAGGAGAAUCAUGUCUACCUGGAGGUCAAAGAGCCCACCCGUAUCCUGAAGCAGCCAGAGUACAAGGUGGUCCAGAGAGGAAUGAGCGCCGCGUUCGAAUGUAAAGUCAAACAUGACCCAUCCCUCCUGCCCACCAUGACCUGGCUCAAAGACAGUGGAGAGUUGCCUGAUGAUGAGAGGUUUGUGGUGGACAUGGACAGUCUGACCAUCAAAGACGUGACAGAUGGAGAUGAGGGCACCUACACCUGCAUCAUGAACACCACCCUGGACCAGGACUCAGCCAGUGCCAUGCUGACUGUCGUAGAGAGACCUGAUCCUCCAACCGACCUGGAACUGACUGACCAAACAGAGAGGAGCGUCCGGCUCACCUGGAUCCCCGGGGACGAACACAACAGUCCCACACAGAAGUUUCUGAUCCAGUACGAGGAUCUGCUCCACCAGCCAGGAGUCUGGGUCAACCUGACAGAGGUCGCAGGCACAGGCACCACAGCGCAGCUAAACCUCUCUCCAUACGUCUACUACUCCUUCAGAGUCCUGGCUCUGAACCAGGUUGGCUACAGCCAGCCGAGCCAGUCCUCCAGCCAAUACAGGACCAACCCUUCAGCUCCUGAUGAGAAUCCAUCAAAUGUUCAGGGAGUAGGAACAGAGCCUGGCAACUUAGUCAUCUCCUGGACGCCGCUGACAGGGUUUCAGUCCAACGGGCCCAGCCUGGAGUACAAAGUGCAGUGGAGACAGAAGGACGUGGAUGAGGAUUGGUCCUCAAAGAAUGUGGCCAACGUUUCCCAAUUUGUCGUGUCUGGGACUCCGACCUACGUGCCCUACGAGAUCAAGGUUCAAGCUCUGAAUGACUAUGGCAACGGCCCAGAGCCAGAAGUGGUGGUCGGAUACUCUGGAGAGGACUUGCCUCUGUCUGCUCCUGAGAGUGUAGAUAUCAUGGUUCACAACAGCACACUCGCAGAGGUACACUGGGAGCCAGUGUCUUUGCCCUCAGUCAGAGGGAAACUACAGGCGUACAAGGUGUACUACCGGCGCGAGCGUGGCCUGCAUGAGGCAGAAGGGGAGACGGAGCAGCUGGAGCAGGUCUUGACGUUCAGCGGGAAUCGUAGCGAGGGACGUCUGCCAGGCCUCCAGCCUUACAGCUUCUACAACCUCUCCAUCAGGGUCCUGAAUAGCAAAGGAGAAGGGCCUCCAAGCCCCAGCAAGAGAUUCCAGACUCCUGAGGGAGUCCCGGGGCCUCCUUCUUUUUUGAAUGUCAUAAACCCGAGUUUGUACUCUCUCACACUGGAAUGGGGCCCACCAAUGAAGAACAAUGGACGCCUGACUGGAUACACACUGAAAUACCAACCCGUCAACAAUACCAAUGAACUGGGACCAGUUAAGGUCAAGAGCUUCCUCGCCAAUGAGACCAGCUUCACCUUGGACAACCUGAACUCCAGCAUGCUCUACAAGUUUUACUUAAGCGCAAAGACAAUCAAGGGCUCCGGCCCCGUCAUCACAGAGGAGGCCUUCACGGUCAUGGACACAACGCCACCUCUCGGCCCGGCGUUUGGCACAGUUAACACGUCCGUGUCGGAGGACGGUGUCGUGAUCAGUUGGGAUUACUUUGGACACCAUAAGAAUGUAUAUGUGGAAUAUAUUGUAGAAAACAGUAAAGAGGACUGGAAAAAGGAGCUGGUAAACGGUUCACACUGGCAUAUGAUUAAAGGUUUAAAGCCAGGGACGUCCUAUAGGGUGCGAGUGGUAGCUAGAGACCCGGCUGACCCGACGGUCCACAGCACAGACGAAGUGUUGGUGGUGGUGCCAGCUGUACCCAGCCGGCAGGUGGACAUUGCCACCCAGGGAUGGUUCAUCGGACUGAUGUGUGCCAUCGCUCUCCUCAUCUUGGUCCUCCUCAUCGUGUGCUUCAUCAAGAGGAACAAGGGUGGCAAAUAUCCAGUGAAAGAGAAAGAAGACGCUCACCAAGACCCCGAGAUCCAGCCCAUGAAGGAGGACGAUGGGACGUUUGGAGAGUACAGUGACACAGAGGACCACAAGCCGCUGAAGGGCAGCCGGACGCCGUCCAACGGCACGGUGCGGCGCGACGAGAGCGACGACAGCCUGGUGGACUACGGGGAGGGCGGGGAUGGACAGUUCAAUGAGGACGGCUCCUUCAUCGGCCAAUACAGCGGCAAGAAAGAGAAAGACACGCACGAAGGCAACGAGAGCUCGGAGGCCCCGUCGCCCGUCAACGCCAUGAACUCGUUUGUCUAACGGAGGGCCGCCUGUCGCCGAGACCGCUGAGAACGCCCUCAUCUCCACACCCGCCAGCCCCUGUCACACUGUGACCCUCCUCUGAUCGACACACACUCAGCAUGGCAAAGACCGACACCGCACCCCCCCCACCACCACCACGAGCGUUGGACGAAGGCGUGAGACGAGGAGAGAGGAAGCAAUACGGAAAAGCAGAAGGAAUGUACCAGGAAGAGUUUUACCACUGAGACUGAGCAGAAAAGCGUGGCCAAGUGUGUGUGUGUGCGUUAGUGCCAUUUGAUCUCCUUUGCAAACAUACUAAACAUGAUGUAUCCAAAUAUAUAUUUUAUCAAAUGACCCGCAGGCAGGCAAAUAUGCAUUGAAUCGCACUCAUAAACACCUGCAUGGAGUGAAUUCUAUUAAGCAUUUUACCAUCCUCGUGUCAGUUGUUGCAGAGGUGAGCUGCGUGGUGAGACUGUAUAUGGUGCACGCCUACUAGUGACUGCCUCUUAUUGUUUUCUCUUCGUUUUCAGUCAAAGUGUUCAAUGGCGUACGAUAUGUAGAGAAAAAACGGCAGCAGCGUCUCUGUGGACACGGCUGUGAAAUGUGUGACUCAAAGUAGAAGCUAGCAUGUGUCCUUUUGAGACGGAUGAACCGUUUGUACGUGUGUAAUAGAAUAAGAAGAAAGUUAUAUUUCGAGGUCAGGGAUGUCCGUUUGUAUCGAUCGGGAACCUGGCUGGAAACACUCUGAACCCGGCUCACUCCUCAUCACACCAGCCAGCCGGCCAGAACUCCCCCCUGCUUAUCCCAACAGGCCUGUUUUCAGCCUCGCCUUUUCUCAAGCCUGAGCUGUGCUUGCGUCUUCUUUCUUUUCGUCCCCGAUCUCCUCCUUUUGCGCCGAGCCCACGCUUCUUGUUCCUGAGCACUAACUGAACGCAAGUGGAGGUGUGAUUGAUCCAGUGUCAUUGUCAAGUGCUUCCACCCCGAAUCGCGGCCACGUUCGUUUCGUCAGAACUAACCCCCGACAUUGUGUCCGAUAGCAUUUCCACUUGUCUGCUGCGUAUACGGGCAGAAAAGACAAUAAAUGUAGAGGUUUACUGAGAGUACACACUGUAGUUUCUGGAUAUUUAGAUGUCAAUGAUGAAGAACCUCUCAGCACGGUUUCUAGUGCCUUUGUAGAGAACAGUGACUUAGAUCCAUAGAAUAAAAUCCCAUCAUGCAUAGGACAGACCUGGACUCAGUGCAGCUCAUAUAGUCCACGACAACUUUAAAGGCUAUGCGAGUACUCAAAACUGCAUUAAACACUCGUGGAGAAGAAGCUCCGAAGGAUUGAAGAAUUUGUUCGUUCCAACCGAGACCCCUCAUUGCGAGCUAGGUGGUCAUUGAGGAUUGUGAGACGUCGGCGUGGGCUCAUUAACUUCAAUAGCCUCCUCGAGUCUUUAAAUAGUUUUCAACAGGGCUGAAAGCUACUGAAAAAAUGACCUUUUCCGCGGUUGUAUGCUGGCUUUAGUUGUGAGGAAUCAUUUUCAGCUAUAGAUUGUUAUGGCCUUGUUGACAAUCAUAAACCCAGUUAUCAACAGCCAAUAUGGUCCACAAACUGACCACUGAAUGGCACCAUGCGGCUCAGAAUUAAUCCGAGGAAACGGGUGGGAUAUCAAAACGCGUAGGAAAACCUGAGGUCAGAGCGUGGACGCCUCACAAGCUCAUUUCAAACAUUCUCCUACUAACGCAUUCAUCUCGAGGAGGAGCUGCUGCCCAGCAGCACUAAACUACUGCCAACCUACUCACCAGGUAACUGCCAACAGGAACCAGACUCACCAUCUGGCACAGACUACUCUCAGAAUGGGACUUGCUGUUACUGGUAGCACUUAGAGGCAAAGGGGGUCGAAAAAACUGCGUCAUGAAUCCUGAAUGUGGAAACAAGUGCGUCUGUUCAUGUGGAUGAAAAAAAAAUCGCUUGUUUCACUGCAAAUGGUUAAAACACACCGGUGACUUUGGUUUAUGCAUUUAAUCUUAUAUCUGUGUAUGUUGUCACGUUCUGAGCGCAGCACUCAGUGAGUUUUCUAUUCCUGUAAAUGAAUGAAGCUCGUGCGUGAAAGUUUGGGUGCAUGAGUAUGCGUAUGUGUGCGUGCGUGCGUGUGUGUGUGUGUGUGUGUGUGCAGCACAUGCAUGCUACUGUGUUAAGGCGUGCGCGUGAUGUAUACUAUCGCUUUCAAUUUCCACGGAUAACCGUCUGUACUUCUGAUGUGUGUCCAGCAGUCGACUCCUACUCUCGUCAGGAGAUGCGACACUUCUUUUUUUCCCCCACGUCUUAGGUUUAUCAUAACUUGCAUCAAGUUUUUAGGUUUGCAAUGUGUCAGCUUUCCACGUGUAGAUAUUUUUGUUGUGUUUUGUAAAUAAUGGCUUGAACUGAGCGUAGGUGUGUUGAGGUCAGAGGUGAGAGCUUGACCUCGAUCGGCCCUGCUGCACUAUGGGUAGGAGGGCAAAGUGGCGUUGUGCGAGAUGAGACUACAGUUUUCACUCUUUCAUUUGCUGUGAAAUUUCUUUUUUUUUGUCUUUUUUUUAUUUUUGAACUUGUCAGGUGGGUUUGCUAGCUCAAAUGUUUAGCCUAUCAGGUAUCAAAGGAGAUUAUUUAACUUGUGACUGAGCUCUUGUGACACCUGUAUUGUUUCUGUCUCCGACAGUCCAUGCACCUUUUUCUGUAUUUUUUAUAAAAAGGCACACACUCGAACAGGAUGCAUCAUGUCAAACACACGCGUGCGUCUAGUUUACGACAACCUGUGUACGCAGCACGCUGGAAAGCUGUUGUCCUAAACCAGACAUCAGAUGAAAAUCCUUUUCGAGAGUGUGCAUCUACAAAAACAAAACAAAACAAAAUGUGAUUUGGAGCAUACAGAAGGAUGGCCGGCAUGGAACAGAUAAGCGGACUGGCACAUUGGAGUGUGAAUACCCUGGAAACAACGUUCUAGUGACUGGUGAACAUACAGUAGGAUAUACAGCAUAUGAUAUGAUAUAAUAUGACAUUCUGGUUAAUGUUGAAGCUACAUGAGAAGCAUGAAAGGCUGUCAAAAUGGUUUACUCUACAAUAUAAUAUUGCAAAAUAUUUUGUAUUUUAAAUGAAGUUUAAAAAAUGAAAUAAAUGUUGGUUUCAGGAUUUCAAAUCAAAUGUUUUUCUUUGUGUGUGUGUGUGUGCGCGCGCGCGCGUGCAUGUGUAUGUGGCUCCAUCUAGUGGAUAAAAAAUACAAUGUUUUUGUUAAUAAAUCAAAAAACCCACAGAGAUACAUCUCCAAAAAUUAAUCCAUGGAUAGUCACAUCUGGUGUGUGCGCAUGCGCAUCCCGCUGGAAGAGCUUUGCUGUAGUUUUUCCAUGGUGGUUUCUUUUAAUGAAAACGCCCGAU